UUUCACGUUGUUGUUCAGGUACUGGGAAGUCUUGAAGAAAUCUUCGGAAUGCCAGAACCGGCGAAAUCUGCUCCUGCUCCCAAGAAAGGCUCCAAGAAAGCCGUGAGUAAGACCCAGAAGAAGGGGGAUAAGAAGCGGAAGAGAACCAGGAAGGAGAGCUACUCCAUCUACGUGUACAAGGUGCUGAAGCAGGUGCACCCGGACACCGGCAUCUCGUCCAAGGCCAUGGGCAUCAUGAACUCUUUCGUCAACGACAUUUUCGAGCGCAUCGCCGGCGAGGCCUCCCGCCUGGCGCACUACAACAAGCGCUCGACCAUCACGUCCAGGGAGAUCCAGACUGCCGUGCGCCUGCUGCUGCCCGGGGAGCUGGCCAAGCACGCCGUGUCCGAGGGCACCAAGGCUGUCACCAAGUAUACCAGCUCCAAGUAGACACGUUCUAUUAGCAGAACUGUUAAUAUCUAACCAACUAAAAGGCUCUUUUAAGAGCCACCCAAGACUCCUCUGAAAGGGUGUAAUUGCUGAUGAGCUUUAGAGGGAACUUUUUUCAGGUUCC